AUGAACCUUCCUGAUCCGUAUCUACCUGGAGCAAUCAGUUUAUUCGAACAGUUAGAUAAGAAACUUGUUGUGGUGCUUCGCGAUGGGCGAAAGUUGAUCGGAUAUUUGAAGUCUAUAGAUCAGUUUGCUAAUCUAAUACUCGAAGAUGUGGUGGAACGGACCUUUGUUGACAAGUAUUACUGCGACAUUAAUCAGGGAUUUCUUUUGAUACGUGGUGAAAAUGUCGAAAUUGCUGGAGAGAUCGAUGAAUCCAUUCCAAUGAUUCACCAACAGGUUCGCGAUUGA